AUGUCAGGUAGAGCAUCAGUUACAGUAAGCGUUAGUAUAGGAACGCUGCAAUCUCUUCAAGAAAGUCUAGAGCAACAAGUGAUGCAGCUGCCAAGCAGAAGAAAACCUACAAUAACUUUCAAGGUGGUACUAAAAAGCAAGCAAAGAUCUUUAGCUAUUGAGGCAGUCAUCCCAAAGGUCUCUAAGGGAGCUCAGAAGCUGAAGAAAGUUGGUGGUGGCAGGGAUAUUUACACAAGGGGUUAUCAGGGUAUGUUUCAACAACCAAGCAUGUUCCACGAGGCCACCAUUGAGGUUGAUGAAGAAGGAACAUCAGCGGCUGCUGCAACUGAAAUAGCAAUCAUGGCAGGCUCUUCCCUAUCAGAAUACAUGGAUGCAAUGGAUUUCCAUGCAGACCAUCCUUUUGCCUUUGUCAUUAGAGAAGAGGUGACUGGAUCAUUGUUGUUCUUUGGUCAUGUUGUUAAUCCCUCGUUGGUGGAUCAAGACUGA